GGAUCUUUGUAGCAAAGAAAAGUAUCAGACUUUGCCCCUUUAGUUCUUUUUGGAUCCCUACUUAACACAUAAUACAAACUAAAAAUGUCUUCAUUACGUCUAGCAUCACAAACACUAAGAUCAAAUUCUUCUCUAUUGAGAAAAAAUUCAAUCUUGUUGGCUACAAGAUCUUAUUCUUCUGGUGAAAAAACUUUAAAACAAAGAUUUGCUGAAUUAAUUCCUGAAAAAGUUGAAGAAAUCAAACAAUUGAAAAAAGAUUAUGGUAAAACUGUUAUUGGUGAAUUAACUUUAGAUCAAGCUUAUGGUGGUAUGAGAGGUAUUAAAGGUUUAGUUUGGGAAGGUUCAGUUUUAGACCCAGUUGAAGGUAUUAGAUUUAGAGGCCGUACCAUUCCAGAUAUCCAAAAAGAAUUACCAAAAGCUGAAGGUGGUGAAGAACCUUUACCAGAAGCUUUAUUUUGGUUAUUAUUAACUGGUGAAGUUCCAACUGAAUCUCAAGUUAAAACUUUAAGUGCUGAAUUAGCUGCUAGAUCUCAAUUACCAAAACAUGUUGAAGAAUUGAUUGAUAGAUCACCAUCUCAUUUACAUCCAAUGGCUCAAUUCUCAAUUGCCGUUACUGCUUUAGAAUCUGAAUCUCAAUUUGCUAAAGCUUAUGCUUCAGGUGUCUCUAAAAAAGAUUACUGGAAUUAUACUUAUGAAGAUUCUAUUGAAUUAUUGGCUAAAUUGCCAAAUAUCGCUGCAAGAAUUUAUCAAAAUGUUUUCAAAGAUGGUAAAUUACCUCAAGUUAAUAAAGAUUUAGAUUAUGGUGCUAAUUUAGCCAAUUUAUUAGGUUAUGGUUCAAACCAAGAAUUUGUUGAAUUGAUGAGAUUAUACUUAACUAUUCAUUCAGAUCAUGAAGGUGGUAAUGUUUCAGCUCAUACUACUCAUUUAGUUGGUUCAGCUUUAUCUUCACCAUUCUUAUCAUUAGCUGCUGGUCUUAACGGGUUGGCUGGUCCAUUACAUGGUCGUGCUAAUCAAGAAGUUUUAGAAUGGUUAUUCAAAUUGAAAAAGGAAGUUAAAGGUGAUUAUUCAAAAGAAACUAUUGAAAAAUACUUGUGGGAUACUUUAAAUGCUGGUAGAGUUGUUCCAGGUUAUGGUCAUGCAGUUUUAAGAAAGACUGAUCCAAGAUAUACUGCUCAAAGAGAAUUUGCAUUAAAACAUUUACCAGAUUUUGAUUUAUUCAAAUUAGUUUCAACUAUUUAUGAAGUUGCUCCACAAGUUUUAACUAAACAUGGUAAAACUAAAAACCCAUGGCCAAAUGUUGAUUCUCACUCUGGUGUUUUAUUACAAUAUUAUGGUUUAACUGAAGAAUCAUUCUAUACCGUUUUAUUUGGUGUUUCAAGAGCUUUUGGUGUCUUGCCUCAAUUAAUCAUUGAUAGAGCUGUUGGUGCUCCAAUUGAAAGACCAAAAUCUUUCUCUACUGCUAAAUAUAUUGAAUUAGUUAAAGGUUUGAGUAACAAAUAAGUAAUUUAAAUGUUGAUCAUUUAAUGAAAGAUUAGAAAAAAAAGAGAUUAUAAAAAACCCCCCAAUUAUUUAUUAACGUAUUUUUGUGUAUUUAGUUUUUUAUGAGUUGUAUAUGACGAUAGAAAAAGAUGAGAGUUACCUAUGAAUUAAGAACGUAAUGACGUAGAUACUGGUUUUCGGAGAUUUCUUGAUUUUCCGCAAAAAAAAAAAAAAAGUUCGGCCGACGGCUUAAAAAUUUCAGAUAAAAUGUCAUAAAACAACAUCAAAAACAUAUCUUAAAGACUUUAAAACACUCACAAAUAUCAAUUGAACUAAUACUUAUACAUUUAUAUAGUCAAAAUAC